UCUCCAGGCAAGACCUCAUCUCCUGCAGCAGCAUCACACAGGCUCGUCUCCUACUCCCAGCCACCGCGCCCGGAAGAGGUGCAGAGUGAGGCCGCCGCCUCUGAGCCACCCGCAGCGUCCCAGCCCAGUGCCGCCCCAGCCCGGAGCUUGGCGCCCGCAGCCGUGUCACCCCUCUCUCAAGGCAGGGGCGGCUGCUCAGACUUCGGCUUCUUGGGGUCCCCGAGGCCAUUGGGGGAGGUGUUGGCAGCCCUCCUCCUGCUCACCGCGGCGGCGGCUGGAACCUUGGCCGCCGCCUCCAGCGCGCCCUUGCUGCCCCGCGCGACCCCUGGAUUGCGAACUCUUGCCCCCGACCUUCUGGGCGGGGCUCUGAGCUCCUACCCUCGGUCCGGAUGGGUCUCCUGGCUGGGACUCGGGCCACUUGGAGUUAAUGUCCAACUGGGGGUCUACGGAGACCGGAUCCGAGGUGCCGCCGCCGGACGGGACUCUAAGAUGAAGUUAUGGGAUGUCGUGGCUGUCUACUUGGUGCUGCUCCACACGGCGUCCGCCUUCCCGCUGCCCGCCGGUAAGAGGCUUCCCGAGGCGUCCGCCGAAGACCGCUCCCUCGUCCGCCGCCACCCGCCCUUCGCGCUGACCAGUGACUCCAAUAUGCCAGAGGAUUAUCCUGACCAGUUUGAUGAUGUCAUGGAUUUUAUUCAAGCCACCAUAAAAAGACUGAAAAGGUCACCAGAUAAACAAAUGGCAGUGUUUCCUCGAAGAGAGCGAAAUCGGCAGAUUGCAGCUGCCAACCCAGAGAAUUCCAGAGGAAAAGGUCGCAGAGGCCAGAGGGGCAAAAAUCGGGGUUGUGUCUUAACUGCAAUACAUUUAAAUGUCACUGACUUGGGUUUGGGCUACGAAACCAAGGAAGAACUGAUCUUUCGUUACUGUAGCGGCUCUUGUGAUGCAGCUGAGACAAUGUACGACAAAAUACUAAAAAACUUAUCCCGAAGUAGAAGAUUAGUGAGUGACAAAGUAGGCCAGGCGUGUUGUAGACCCAUCGCCUUUGAUGACGACCUGUCAUUUUUAGAUGAUAACCUGGUUUACCAUAUUCUAAGAAAGCAUUCCGCUAAACGGUGUGGAUGUAUCUGACCCCGGCUCCAGAGACUGCUGUGUAUUGCAUUCCUGCUACAGUGCAAAGAAAGGGACCAAGGUUCCCAGGAAAUGUUUGCCCAGAACGGAAGAUGAGGACCAAGGAAGUGGAGGAAGAAAAAAGGAUGAGGAGAAGGAGGAAGGCAGCCAUUGAUCAUGGGAGCCUGGUAGAGGAAGGUCCAGCUACAGAAAACUGGAUAGGAGUGAGAGAGGCCGUCCAAGCACUCCAGGAUGGCAGCUGAUGUCACCAGAAGCUCAGGGCUGGUGUCCCUGCUUGGCUGUUGCCAGCGUUUAUCUGAUACAGUCCACAGUCACUGACCACGGUCACAGUCGCGGAUGCUCGCAAAGAACCAAACCAGUGUAUCUCCUGUGGUUCAUUUUCACAUGUCUGAAGACACCAGGGAAAUGUGAUGAUCCUGGUGUCACCUCUUGUCACUACGUUUUACUGCUGAAAAUAAGAAAGGUUUAUUUUCCUGUCACUCAAUGGAUUCAUACCCUGCAAGGAGAGGGGGGAACAAAAACAGAGACACAAAAGAUAAUAGCCUUUGAAUUUGAUGACUGAGGCCUGAGGUUUUACUAUAUCCAGCAUUUUGGGAGAUGGUUGGUGGUUUGAUUUUGAACAUGGUGUGUGGGGUAGGGAGAAGUUGGCUAAGAUUAAAAACAAACCUGAAGGCAUUUCCUUUAUGUCCUCAGAAACAGGAAGCGAGUUGUGGUUCUCGGCAGCAUUCUAGUGGGAGAGCCAACUGCCCCAGCCAGGGAAACCCAUCUGGGGCUUGUUGGUUUACAGAGAUGGAUGUUACAUACCCAGCUCCGUUUAUGUGUGGUCACCAGUGACCAGAGAAGCUACUCGAUGCAAUGCAUCUGUUUCAGACACAGAAAUAUAGAAAAGAUAUUUAUUGAGAUUUAAGUUAUUGUUAUUUAUUACCAUUCACUAACGAAUAUCUCUUUUCUUCCCUUAUUUAUUAAAGUUUCUUUUCAAAGGUGCCAAAGUAUAUGUGCUCGCAAAGUGCAAAGAAAGGUGACACAAGGAAAUUUUAAUUGAGAACAAGGGUCCAUGCUCUUCAAAGUAUUAAAAAGGUUUUCGCUAGGCAAAAAUCACUUACUUUACCUUUAUAAGACAACCCUUCAUUAACUUCCCUGGAUUUCAGCAUUUUUCCCUCUUUUUUAGGGUUUCAUGUAGACCAGGCUGACCCUGACCAUACUACAUAGUAAAGGAUGACCUUGAACUUCUAAUCUUCCUGCUUCCUGUGGUGCUGGGAUUACAGGCACCCUACUCCACCUGGUUUAUGUCCUGGUAGGGAUCAAAUUCAAAGCCUCAUGCAUGCUAGGAAGGUACUCUACCAGUUAAGCUACAUCCCCAGCCCCUAUUUUUAUUUAUUAAAGGAAAAUGUCAGAAGGAAUGUCUUGGCAUCCUCUUCCUUACUGGGAGUGAUGUGCAGAGACCACUGGCAAAUAUCAGCUCAUUGUUGCUAACCACUGAGCAUGAUAGCCACAAGCUCCACUCUCUAUUAUGUGUAAGCUCUUCUUCCCCUCCACGUACAUGAUAUUCAUAACAAUAUAUUCAGAAAGCUAAAUUCCCUUUGGUAAUCUUGAAUUUAAUGUCACCUAAAAGUGAAACGCAGAACCCUGCCAGGUAACCAAGGCUUGGUCCUGCCCCAUGGCACCUCUUCUUCCAUCCUUGCCUAUGUACCACCUCCCGAGGUCACAGAGCCUGGAACACAUAGAGAGACCUUGCAGGGAGAAGCAGUCUGCCAAGCCACAGUUGUCACUUGGGGUCAAUGUUUGCUACCCCUGCCCACUUGAUGACUCCUGAGAAGAAGGAUGCACAGGAAGAGGCACCUGGCUGGCCACAGGAUACACAUUAGGCUCAUCCUUAGAGUUUAAAGGGAAGGAAGUGGUGGGUGGGAAUGUCACCUCCUACUGUCCCCAUGGUGUAUCUCUCUGGCAGCUGACAUAUGGGUCAUAUCUUGAGUCCAAUGUUAGAGCUGUUCAUAAAUGGGGUUUUUAUGUAGUCAUUAAUUUAUCACUAACUUCAUGGCUGCUAGCCACAAAAGUAGGACAGAUCUUAAAAAAAAAAAAAAUGACCAGUUGGCCUCCCUCAAAUAAGCAUGUUAAUUUUGCAAAGUAAUCAAGAGGUGAGAGUUAUCAGACAUCCCCUCCCCUGGCCUUAAAGACCUAAGUUCUACAUGGUUUCGUCCAGCUCCGUCCCUGCCACUCCCUCUACAGGACUGGGAAAUGGAGGAAAGGGCUGUUUUCUCACCCUCUCCUCUUCAAAACAGUAACAACCCCAGCUGCCAGGAGCAAUUCAGGAGUAGUCCAUGAUCCUCUGUUUGAAUCAGAGAAUUUUGGUAGACAUGGUAGCCGAUGUUCCCAGGUCCAGAUACAGCCUCCAACUCCCCAGGGGACCCCCCCCACCCCAGCAUCACCUACACACCACAAGCAAGUUCUAAUGGGAGCAAACUGUUCCACCAAAUCUACAAAAGGGUAAAGUUUGUGAUUUUUCUUCAUUGUUGUGAUUGCCAUCUGACAUAUUAAGGAGUGCGCUUCUUUGGAAGUUCUGACUUCUCUGAUCUGUCUUGGUUAUUUGUGUUAUACAACCAAAGUUCUCUACAGACUUUUAUUUUUGUACAAUAUCAUUUUGUAACUUUUUACAAAUAAAAGCUCAUUUCUAUUG